CGUAAAUUCAAAUGUAUCACUGAGCAAUUCUUCGACAAUGACAAUAAGUGGAAUUCAGAACUUGGCCAAGUACAUUUGAGACUAUCAAGUGCAGUACUCAGGGAGUCUACGCUAAAAUGCAGACAUUUUUUAUAGGAGCAAUGGGAGAUAUUAUGGCAACCAAAUACGACUUGCUCGUAUUCACUCUUAUUUCGGUUGUGAUUGCCCUCAUUUUCGUGAUGCUUCUGCGAUGUUUUGCGGGGAUUAUAAUCUGUGUGGCACUACUAGCAAUGACAGUCGCUCUGUCAUUCGGUAGAUUGUUUUUAGUAUUGCCAGGGACAUAUUUCUUCAUAACAAGAUAUUACCAGCUCAAAGACAGUGGAGCAGAAGCGUGGCCAGGUGGUCUCACGACCAACAUCAAGUCGUAUGGAGACUACUACAACCUAAAUUUGACAAUUGGUAUGAGCUGGUGUUAUGAUGAAGGCUGCAUAUUUGGGAUUCUUUUAGGAGUGUUGGUUUUGGUUAUUUUGGGAUGUUGGAAGAAUAUUCGAGUAGCCAUUCAGCUGCUAAAAGAAACAUCAAAGUUGUUAUAUCGACCAUACCUUCUUGCUUAUGAUCUGUUCAUGUGGUUCUGGCUUGUUCAAUUUAUUGACGGAAUAAAUAUAUGUGUGAUUGCUGGCUCAUUCUCUGGAUAUUACUGGGCUCUCAACAAACCAAAAGACAUCCCUGUGUCUCCCGUCAUCAAAUCAUUGAGAUAUCACUUGGGGUCGGUAGCAUUUGGUUCUCUCAUUAUCGCCAUUGUCAAGUUUAUUCGUGCAAUCCUUGAAUAUAUUUCCUACAAAUUGAAAAAGUUCAAUAACAAACUUGUCCAAAUUCUUCUAAUGUUGUUGUUUGAUUUGAUUUGUAGAAUCAUGAAAUGCUGUUUUUGGUGUCUUGAAAAAUUCCUCAAAUUCCUCACUCAGAACGCAUAUAUUCAGGUUGUGGGGCUCAUUUCCUUCAUUACAAGUCGAGGAAUAUUCGAAAUAUUCAGCACAGGAGUGGCCACUCUAUUUCUCUGCUACUGUUUCUUCAUUUUCUUAUUUCUAGUGCACGACUUAGAUAAAAAUGACGGCACUGCCGAUAAGCCUUAUUACAUGAGCAAAAAUUUGAUGAAAAUACUUGGAAAAAAGAACAAGCCAACUCUUUAA